AUGGCGACCCCGCCGAGAGCCAGUCUCGGGUCCACGGCGGGGUCGCCCGGCUCCAGGCCCCUGCUCGUGCACGGCAAGAGCGGCAUCAUCCAGACCGAGGAAAUGUUGGCUGAGCACAUCGCCGACAUCCUCCCUGGCUGGUCCGGCGUUGACCGGUCCACGAUCGUGGUGCAGAACGUCAGCGCGGAGGGCGGCGGCUCCGUCUACAAGGUUUCGGCCGAUGGCGCGAUGCCCCCAAAGGUGGCGCUGCACGUCUGGGACGAGGAGUCCGACGACAUCCUCAAGGAGCGCACCACUGCCGCGGCGCUGGUAUUCGCCUCCGCUGGUCUAGGGCCCAAGCGGCUGGCGCACGGCGGCGACUGGUUCGUGGAGCCCUGGGAGGGCAGCGGCGAGCCGGAAUGGACCGACGAGAAGCUGGUCGAGGUGGCCGAGCUGGUCGCCAAGGUGCACCGCAUCUCGCCGGAGUGGUACGAGGGCGCGGACGUGCACCGCGCUGGCAUGUCGUGGCUGCUGGUCCAGGGCUCGUCCCGGAAGCCCGGCAGCGGAGACGGAGACGUGCUCAACCGCCUCAGGCUGGGGAGGUCUCGGCCCUGCCAGGGCGGCGCCGCGCCCGUGGCCGCUGGCGCCGGCGCCUUCGAGGCGCCUCUGCGCGCACGCCCGAGGCCCCCGGGCGAGCCCCCCGCAUCGUCGUCGGCAGCCGCGGCUCCUGGUCUGCCAUCCUGGGUGACGGUCGGUCGCGAUGCAGGAAGCACAGACCUCCGUCUCCGACGCUGUGCCUCUACAGGGGCUUAG